GCUGGGUCUGUGUAGUUUCUCGGGGCUCCGGUCAUGGCGGACCAGGAGGAGACGUUUGCCGUCCAGAACUCACCGGGAGGUUCGGAUUCAAGGGAAUUACAGAACGAUAAUAAACCCGAGAAACAGAACGGGACUUCUGGAAAAUCCCCAUCAUCGCAGACAACUUACAUCCAGCAGGGAAUGGAAGGCAUAAAGGUCUACCUGCACGAAAGGGAACUGUGGAUCAAGUUUCACGAGGUGGGCACGGAGAUGAUCAUAACCAAAGCUGGACGGAGAAUGUUCCCCAGCUUCAAGGUGAAAGUGACUGGAUUAAACCCCAAAACGAAGUACAUUCUUCUGAUGGACGUGGUUCCUGCGGACGAUCAUCGAUACAAAUUUGCCGACAAUAAAUGGUCUGUGACCGGGAAAGCAGAGCCCGCUAUGCCCGGGAGGCUCUACGUCCAUCCGGACUCACCGGCCACGGGGGCGCACUGGAUGAGGCAGCUGGUCUCCUUCCAGAAGCUGAAGCUGACCAACAACCACUUGGACCCGUUCGGACACAUCAUCCUCAACUCGAUGCACAAGUACCAGCCGAGGAUUCACAUUGUGAAAGCGGAUGAAAAUAACGGCUUUGGCUCCAAAAACACGGCCUUCUGCACUCACGUUUUCCCGGAGACAGCGUUCAUUGCGGUCACUUCUUACCAGAACCACAAGAUCACACAACUAAAGAUUGAGAACAACCCGUUUGCAAAAGGCUUUCGUGGAAGCGAUGACAUGGAAUUACACCGGAUGUCCAGACUGCAAAGCACCAAAGAGUACCCAGUAGUGCCUCGCAGCACGGUGCGACAGAGGGUCGGCUCCAGCCACAGUCCGUUCAGCGGGGACGUCCAGGGCAUGGCCACACCCAGCACCCUGAGCUCCCAGUACUCCCAGUGUGAAAACGGGGUCACAAGCACCUCCCAGGACUUGCUGCCCCAGUCUGGCUCCUACCCACUGCCACAUGAGCACGGACAAGAUUACUGCAUCAAGAGAAAAGCGGAUGAUGACUGUCAUUCAGGCGAACACGGCUAUAAGAAGCCGUACCUGGAAAGUUCUUCCAGCGAGGAGGACCACUACUAUCGUCCCGUUGGCUACCACCAGAGCCUCAGCCUUGCCAGCGGGGCCUACCGCAGCGAGUCCAGCCAGCGGCAGGCCUGUAUGUAUGCCAGCUCCUCGCAAGGCGCAGAACCUGUUCCCAGUUUGGAGGACAUCAGCUGCAACACGUGGGCCAGCGUCUCUCCUUAUGGCAGUUGUUCUGUCACCACCAUGCAGCCGAUGGAGAGGCUCCCCUAUCAGCAUUUUUCCGCUCACUUCACCUCAGGGUCUCUGGUGUCCAGACUGGGAGGGGUGGGGGGCCACGCCUCUCCACAGCUGGCCGAGGGCCACCAUGCAGCGAUGUACCAGAGCUCCAUGGCCCACCAGACUCUGGGCCGCCAGUGCAGUCCUGGAGCUGGGAUCCAGUCGCCGACAGCUGGCUUACAGGGAAACGAGUACCUCUAUGCACACGGCAUACCACGCACUCUCUCGCCACACCAGUAUCACUCUGUACAUAGUGUAAGCAUCAUGCCAGAGUGGAGUGAGAACAGCUAAGAAUCGAACAACUGCACACAUUGAAGAGGAAACAAAAGAAAAUGGACCAACUAAAGCAACAUUGGGUCAGUUAUAUUUAUAUUUCCAAGGACUUGUUGCAGUUAAUCUUAAAAGGAACAAUAUUUCUUCAUUGAGGAAAGUUGAUAUUCGUUGGGUGAUUUACCAGGAGAUGAGUGGGCGUCUUAUCUAGUAGGACGUUUUAGCAGAAUCUGCACUUAUAAAGAAGCAACGUGAACACAAACAAACAUUGGGCUGGACCAGAACACUCAUGAAGCCUGCUCAAGUGCAGGGAAAGCUGACACUGAACAGAGCAGAAAUGCUUCAGAUGCUUGGCCAGGAGGCUCCAGGUUGAAGGUGUUUUUCUGCAGCGUUUUGUUUUGAAUGAUAGCAGAAAGCUGUUGUAUUUCCUGAAUGUUUGUCCUUUCUCAUGUUUUCCCUACCAGACAGUUUCUAUGACAUUUUUGUAGCAGAUUUACGUUGUAAAAAAA